AAUCUAUACAAGUGGAUACAAAUAAUUAAUAGCUGGAAUAUAUCAAUCAUCAUACAAUAUAAUAUAAUAUAUAUAUAUGCAGAAAUAUAAUUUCUUUUGUCUUAUAUGCAGUACCCACCUCUUACUCUACUCUUAAAUUAUGAUCAGAACACAAUUAAUCAAUAGAGUUAUUAGCAGGUAUGGAUGAUCAUAAUAAUAAGUCUCCUCCUACAGUGGUGGUGCCCAGAUGGACACCAAGUCCAAGCCCAACAAGAUCUCUUCUCAAAGAUAAUAAUCUCUCUAAUAACAACAAUAAUCCCACUACUACUACUACUAGUACUAGUAGUACAGUACUGGAAUUGCAGCUGGCCGAUGAUCAUGAGAUCAUCAAGCAAACCAAUCCUAAUCCUAUGGCUAUGGCUUCUCAGUUCCCAUUCAGCAUUGGAUUUGGAAUUAAUCAUGAAACGACACCGUCGCUGGGGCACUUUGGUGAUUCUUACAAUAACAAAGAAAACUCAUCUGAAUCUGAUAAAGUGCCAGUAGUAUUAGGUAAGGGGAAUAUUAGUUUGACAUGGGAGGAGUUGGGAGUUAGAGUUUCAGAUGGGGAAAGUAAUGGACCCAAAAUGAUUCUCCAACAUAUCACUGGCUACGCCCGCCCAGGCCAGAUUUUGGCCAUCAUGGGUCCUUCUGGCUCUGGAAAAUCCACUCUUUUGGAUGCUUUAGCAGGGAGACUAAAUUCACAAACCAAGCAAACAGGGGAGAUACUUAUCAAUGGCCGAAAAGAGACACUUGCUUACGGUACUUCGGCCUACGUGACACAAGAUGAUAGUUUAAUGACCACACUAACAGUAAGAGAGGCUGUUUACUACUCAGCUCAACUCCAACUUCCUAAUUCAAUGUCAACAUCAGAGAAGAGAGAAAGAGCUGAGACAACAAUACGAGAGAUGGGUUUACAAGGCUCAGUUGAUACAAGAAUUGGAGGUUGGAGUGUAAAAGGCCUUAGUGGUGGACAAAUGAGAAGAGUAAGCAUAUGUAUCGAAAUCUUAACUCAGCCAAAGCUUCUCUUUCUUGAUGAGCCUACUAGUGGUCUUGAUAGUGCAGCCUCUUUCCAUGUCAUGAGUCGCAUUGUUAAGCUUGCACGACGAGAUGAAAGAACUGUUAUCGCCUCAAUUCAUCAACCAAGUAGUGAAGUUUUUGAGCUUUUUCAUAAUCUAUGCCUUCUCUCAUCUGGUAGAACUGUGUAUUUUGGUCCCGUUUUAGCGGCAGAAAAGUUUUUCACUUCAAAUGGCUUCCCUUGCCCAUCAUUAAGAAACCCAUCUGAUCACUACCUUAGAACUAUCAACAAGGACUUUGAUGUUGACUUAGAACAAGGUUGCUCUAGUAAUACAAGAACUGAAAAGGCCAUUAACACUCUUGUGGAGUCCUACAAAUCUUCUGAAACUUAUAAACAAGUUAAGCAACAAGUUUCUGAGAUACGCCAAAAGAAAGAUGGGAGUGUAAAGAAUAGGGGAUGUCAAUCAAGUUUCAUUACACAAUGCAGUGUUCUCACUAGGAGAUCCUUUGUGAACAUGUACCGCGAUCUUGGUUACUAUUGGCUUCGUCUUGCAAUCUAUAUUGCCUUGUGUUUAUGUGUAGGAACCCUUUUUCAUGACAUUGGUUCCAGUUAUGGCUCAAUACAGGCUAGAGGAUCAAUGCUGAUGUUUGUGGCAGCAUUUUUGACUUUCAUGGCUAUUGGUGGAUUCCCAUCUUUUGUAGAAGACAUGAAGAUAUUUGGGAGAGAAAGACUGAAUGGACACUAUGGAGUGGCUUCAUUUGUAGUGGGGAACACUUUUUCUUCAAUACCUUAUUUGGUUCUCAUAUCUGUAAUUCCCGGAGCCAUAGCCUAUUACCUUGUAGGACUUCAAAAGAGCAUUGAACACUUUGCCUACUUUUCAAUCAUGCUCUUUGUAUGUAUGAUGUUAGUUGAGAGCCUUAUGAUGAUUGUGGCAAGCAUAGUUCCAGACUUUCUAAUGGGGAUCAUCACAGGUGCUGGGAUCCAAGGUGUCAUGAUGUUAAAUGGUGGCUUUUUUCGCUUACCAAAUGAUAUUCCUAAGCCCUUUUGGAGGUAUCCAAUGUAUUAUAUUGCAUUCCACAAGUAUGCAAAUCAAGGAUUCUACAAGAAUGAGUUUCAAGGAUUGACAUUUCCAAAUGGUCAAGCUGGAGGAGAGUUGUCCACCAUUAGUGGUGAAGAAGUUCUAAAGAGUGUUUGGCAAGUGGAGUUAAGCUACUCCAAGUGGGUUGAUGUUGGAAUCUUGAUUGGGAUGGUGGUAAUUUAUAGACUCUUGUUUUUGACAAUAAUUAAGACCAAAGAAAUGAUAAAGUCACACUAAUUUGACCUUUAAGGGUUACAUGCUGUUAACCAGUAAUUAACUUUCAAUAUUUAGUUAAAAUUGUUUUUUUGGAUUAUUAGAAUUUUGUUCUUAUUGUAUUGCCACAUAUUAUAACAAUUCUUAUUCUAGUCAGUUUUAAUGUAUUUAUUA